ACACACGAUGCUCUUUUGUCCAACUUGCGCAAAUCUUCUCGUUAUUUCAUCGGAAACGGGCUACAACAAAUGGGCGUGUAACACUUGCGCUUAUGAGUUUCCAAUCUCAAAGCAGAUGACCUCAAGGACGCGGCUAGUACGAAAGCAAGUCGAUGACGUUCUGGGAGGCGAUGAAAUGUGGGCGCAUGCAGAUCAGACGCAGGCAUCCUGUGAUAAGUGCAAUCACGACCAAGCAUACUUCUACCAGCUACAAAUCAGAUCUGCGGAUGAACCUAUGACUACUUUCUACAGAUGCACUAGUUGCGCCCACCAAUGGCGCGAAAAUUAGUUCCAGGAGCUUACCUGCCCAUCGAUGAUUUCAGUAUCAUUCAGGGCCCUCUUCGCCUUGUUGUUCCGCUCACCGUGUGGAGUGAAGGUUGUUGUUCGUGUUUCUCCAUAUCAAUUAUUCUGUCCUCUCUGAAUUAUUUUAGUAUGCCCGAACUAUACAAUCUUGCUUCCAGU